AUGGGUAUUAUGAACCGAAUACCUGGUUAUGGUACACAACAUUGCGACUUUGAUCGAUGCACCCUCGGUUACCCUGAUGGUGGCAUAUGCACUAGCGGGCAAAGACCCCCAGUUCCAGGCGACUGGAACGCCUUUUAUUCAUUCGUCCUGUGGGCAACUUCUAAUUUCCAGCAAUGGAUAAAAACACUCCAGCUAAGUGUCGGCGACACGAUUAAUACCGUUAUACUCGGCUACACUGACCAAUUAGUCCAAGAUUUCAGUCACCAUAGUACACCAGAGCCUGGGAUAAGUCCACUGGGUGAAGGAUUGAUUAUUGCAGCCGCUGUACUUGGAGGGAUUUCGGCCGCCUUUGGAGGGUUUGAUCUACCUGAAGUCGCUGCUGUAGCGGGUGAGAUUGGUGGUGGCAUUGGUGCCAUUAAUGGCGUUGUCUUAUCAAUGGCAAAAUCGACACCGAACAUUGCUGUGAUGAAAACCAGCCGGAGCGCAUUCCUCAAAGAAAAGUUUGUGAAUAUAAAGGAUGCACUUUGUCAGCAAAUUGCCAACUAUGGCAAUGCUAUUCUAGCAGAGCCAGUAAACGAAAGCUCAUUCGAAGGUUCAUACAGCGACUCUGUUACUAGUGGACCCUACGUUCUCAAGGGUGGCGAUUAUGCUAAACAGUACCAUGAAGCGGACCAUAAAGAUUUUUCAGCAGAUAUAAAAGCUUCUUUGGUUAGCGGUGCAAUCUCAUGGAUAUGGGAAAAGGAGCAAGUCUAUAUCGUUAUGGACUCCCAACGCAUCAACGGAAAGGUGCCUAGCGACCUUGUGCUCGAGCCUGACGUGAAAAAUCGAACCUGCGACAGUCUCGGCAAGUGCUACUGGUUCAUUAAGAAUACUGCCAUAUCAACCGAGUGGGACGCCUAUGAUUAUGUUCCUGGAUAUGACAAACUUGGGCACUGGGAUCUUGACCCCCUCGAUGUGGCGCAGGCCGCACUUGCUUCGCAGUUUGCAGGUGGUUACUUAAAGAACUGGACUAUUGCCGAAACCCUUCCUUUCCUGAGUGGCACUGGCGGAUACUCUGCCAAGCCUGCGAAACCUCUCAUGUUUAACCUUCCUGUUUGUUCUCUGGAUUCCGCGUAUGCGACAGAUGACUGGCCGAAACCGCCCAAUGGCUACUCACAAGGCGAUUUUAAUGACUCUGCAUGGCUCCGAUACAUCAUCAGCCUGGUCUGCUUUAACCAGGAUUUCGCAGAUCCCCAAACCGGAAAAAAUACGCCAUUCCCCUAUCGAAACCUAGCAACUGGUGUGCAACAGUCAGCAUAUGCAGACAAUUGGGAUUACCCACAAAUCGAUGAUUGA